AUGAAAGUGAAAAGGUUAAAGCAGAAUGCUCUGGCUCGAAGACUUUCAGCUGGAGCUCGGAAUGGCUCAAAUGCAAAAAACCAGCCCGUGGAGGUUUUAUAUUUCUUUCCUCUCUAAAAAGUCGGUCGCUAAUUUCAGGAAGAAAGUGACGACGGGUCUGAAUUUGACUUUGACAAUGCUAUUCCGGAAACUGGGUUCAGUGAAGUGAAAAAUCUCAACCAAGAUGAAGAAAUGGAUGCAAGUGACAGUGGCGACGAUGCCGACAGAGAGGUUUCGAAUGAAAAUGGUCAGAUGUUUUUGGAAAAUUGAUUCUCAGUUACAAAUCGCACUGCGAGAUGGUCUGUUGAAAACAGAUCGACUCAACUACGCCGUAGAGAAAAAGAGGCCAGUGAUCAAUAAAACGGUGGGCGAUUUUUCUUUUCAAUAAUAUUCUUUUCGAGAAACCUUUUUGGCUUCUCUAACUUAGCGUUGAUAAAACUUUUAGGAGGGAUUUUUUUUCAUUCAGCGUUUUUUUAAUCGUGGCUGAACAUGGAGAACAACAGAAAGUUUUUCAAAUCGAAAUAUUCAGAAUGAACUUCGAGCUAAACUGGCCGAAGUUUCGAAAAAGUUCCCCUGGGCCGAGACUUUGGACGUGGUGACGCCGCGUUUCGAACUCGACAAAAAAGUCGAAAAUGACGAUUUCCAGAGAGAACUUGGAUUGUUGGUCUUUUCUUUUUUUUCUUCUAUUGAAUUUUUGAUUUCAGUUACAAACAAGCUGAAAAGGCUGUGCAAAUUGCUGUUCCAAGACUUCUCAACUCCAAUAUCAAAGUUCUGCGUCCAGAUGACUAUUAUGCUGAGAUGGCCAAGACUGAUGAUCAUAUGCAAAAGGUUUGUUGAACGUUAUAUGGGAGCGAGAAAUCUUUAGUGGUUUUCAAAAAAAUCGACCCCCUGUCUUUGAAACGUUUUCGAACUCUUUACUUAAAGAAAAAAAAUAAUUUUUUUCAAAUUUAGCAUAAUUAUUGGAUAUUUUCUCUUCUUAGAAAUCUCGAUUUUUCAGGUACGUAAGCGGUUGAUCAAGAUCCAGGCUGGAAAAGAAAGGCAAGAGGCCAUCAGAAGAAUGCGCGAAGAAAAGAAGUUCGCCUCGAAGGUCCAGAAGGUUGGAGAAAGAACUUUUCAUUUUGAACUUGACAAAAAUGAUUAAGGAGGUAAAUGCGGCCAAGAACACAGAGAAGAAACAAUUGGCCGAGGCUGUCAAAAAACACAAAAAGGGAAUGAAACAGCAGCUCGAGGACAUGCUCAACAACGUCAAACGCAUGGGCUUGGAUAAGGUUUUCUUUUCUUCUGGAUUUUCAGUAUCAACGCAGUUUUUAUGUCUUGUUUUAUAGAAAACGAAAAAUAAUACAGUGAUGUUUGUUCUAGGAAGAUGAAGAAGAAGACGGUGGUCGACGAGAUUCGAAGCCUGGCCGAGGCGGAAAAAGUUUCGCGGGACCUUCGAGAAAUCGAAGUGAGAUCAAGAGGAAAUUCAAAGCGGAUCGGUUUGGAUACGGUGGCAAAAAGAAGGGAUCCAAGAGGAACACCAAAGAAAGGUUCGUUUGUAUGAAAAAUAUUGAGCAAGAGGAGGAAAAAUUUUUUUCAUAGGGAGCAUGAAGAUGCGAAAAAUUGUUUGAAAUGGCGAAAAGCAGAUGUUUAACGGUUAUAAUUCUGUUUAUUUAAAGUUAUAAACUAGUUUUUAAUUUUUUUCAUUGUAGAAAAAAAGUAAGCCUAGAAUCCCAGUUUCCAAAAAAAUCUGAAAAAGAAGCUUUUGUAACGAAAAAGCAAAAAGAGUUUUAAAACUUUUAGGUUUAGAAAUUAGGGUCUAAAAAGUUUUAUGAUUAGUGAGAAAUUCGAUGUUGAAAUAUGACUCGAGAAUUCUUGCUCAGAACCUUUUUUGUAUUUCUUUUCUUUACAGAAAGCUCUUAAAGUGACUUCUUUUUCGUUUUAUUUCAAAAAGCUAUUGAAUUUAGAAUUUUUUUUGCUUCGGAGCGACAUGAAUGUUCGUCAAUGUUUUCAGCUUUGAAAACUUGCCCAGUGGCCGUAGAGGCGGAUUUGGCGGUCGUGGCGGCGGCGGCGGAAGAGGUGGCAGCUUUGGAAGAGGCGGUAGUUCCGGAAGAGGCGGUAGUUUCGGACGGGGACGAGGUCGCGGUCGCGGUUAA